GACCUUUGUCGUCCUACUGACAGCAAUUCGAAAGAGUGGCAUUUCGUUCUCUCUUUUGUUGUCCGACAGCCGUCUCAUAUAUUCGUCUUUCACUAUCCCCCAUAUCUUCGGGCACCGCAGCUUCUUUGACUUUUCCAGCUAGUCAGGCUUGGUGGUGGCGUGACAGGAACGACGUAUCUAUCCUACUAAUCUACUGCUACCACCAUGCCCGCGUGCAACAUCUGUGAUCGUUUUUUUGUCGACAAGAACGCUCUCCGUAUGCAUGCCGAAUCGAAACACGAGUAUGACUGCACUUACUGCGACCGUACGUUCAGGACUUUAGACGGAAGAGACCAGCACGAGAGAACAAAGCAUAAUCACAAUUGCAGAAUUUGCGACCGGGAGUUUCGCUCCCAAGAAUCCCUGGAGCAACACGUGGAGGCUAAGCAUUCCGGAUAUGAAUGCAGAUACUGCAACCAAGAAUUUGCAUCUCCCGAUGCCCGUAACCAGCAUCAAAAUGCAAAGCAUACAUAUCCUUCCUCACUGUUCGGUCAUUCCCCAGCUGCGAAGCCUGCUCCCGUGGAGCAGCCUAGUGUAAAUGUAAUCCUCGAUGCCUUAUCCACGCGGGAGCCCAUCCCAGAAUCUUCUGAUGGUGAGAAGGACGUCUCGAUGAUGCAGUUGCCAAAGGCGCCGGUGACUGCGCCCAAGCCCGUGGCGAACUUCGCGUGUGGAACCUGUGGGGAACCUGUCGCGACGAUCUUAGCUCUGGCGGCCCACGAGUUACAGACGCAUGGAACCAAUUCAUGUACUUGCCAAGUCUGCGAGAGAGCUGGUGGGCCCUGUAAUUGCGGUAUUUGCAAGCGCACCAGCACCUCGACAGUGCCGGUGAACGAGAAAUCCCUUGAUAAUGUUGUGAGCAGCGAGCCCGAGGAAAUCCCGUCGUCUGCCGAUUCGCUUGGAGCUAUUGAGCCUAAGGCAGCCGAGGGCUCACUGGUUGAUUCCUGUGAUGCGCUCGUGGAAUCCCAAGAAGUCACAGAUCCACCACUUGAUAUUCAUCACGGCAUUUCAGAUGAUGCGAUGGACCUGCAGGAUGAACAAUCCUCCCUAGGCCUGGAGCGCGUAGUGGACGGAGAGCGGUCUCAUGGCUUGACUCCCACCCACCCACACUUAUCCGCAUGUUACGAGGACAAUAUAGCGGUGAGCUUGAGGGAGGAAUGUGGCAUUACCAACCUCCAAUCAGGUGUUGCACAUUUGGGUUCCGUUCUUGAUCUGGAUGUGUUAGAGCAACACUCCGCAAUCAAUGCUCACACAGUCCUAGAUUCAGUGGUCUAUGAACGCACGCGUCCUACCCAAGACGUUUCGCUCGACUUAACUAAUUUACAGGAUCAAGAUUGCAACAUGAGGAAUCCAACUAUCCAACCGAUCAUUCUCGACAUAGACAUGAGCCACGAGCAGGUCGAUGAGCCUCUAGGGCGUGACCGCUGCGUUCCUGGAUUGGAACCCGAUAUCAUGUCGUUGUCAGAGUCCCCCAUGGAUGGCACACUUUCUUCGGCGAGCUUCAUGCCCAUACAAGUUGGCUCUCCUCAGUUUAUCGGGUCUCCCCGAGUUUGCACUGCUGAGCUUCAGCCGCCCGCUGAGUCAGGUGAUCCUUUCACAUGCAACCUUGUUCCUUCUCCGACACCAUCUGAGCAUGGUAGCUUGAGCCCCCCUAGCAUUACCCAGGAUGAUCAUUCGCAUCCCGAAAGUCGUCCUCCACUGUCUCCAUUGACCUCCGAAGGUUCCGCCGACCACUUCUUAGACGCCGAGCCUUCAUCAACUCCAUCAAGCCCUCUUUCCGACCAUUCCGUCGUCUUCGUAUCUGUGGAAUCUAUACCAGAGUACGUUAGAGAGAACCGUGCAUAUCUUGUUGCAACAAGCGCUCCGUCCCGACCUUCCUCGGGAGCCUCCAGUUAUAUCCGUUUGCCCUCAGUGGCUACUUCGAUAGACUCCUUCCCACCUCAAGAGGAUCAAAAUGAUCUUGCUGAGGUGCCCCCUGCCGAUUCUCCUCCCACCAACGGCCCGUCCCCCCUUUACUGCAGACUUUGCCUUCGAGAUCCUUGCGAUGAUACAACUGCGACGAUGUGUGGCCAUAUCUUUUGUAACAGGUGCAUCAUCGACGCUGUCAUGGCCAGGUCUGCGUGCCCGGCCUGCAAUGCUCCCACAUUACUCUACUGUCUUUUCCGCCUCGAUAUCUAGGUUUCGCCAUUCCUCUAAAGCGUAACAUUUUAUCGCGUGUCUUGAUUUCGGCAUAUGCAUGACAAUGACUCCAACGCUAACAAAUCAUAUUGUACUUUAUAUCAUUACAAGUUCUUGGAGGAUACCUGUACGAGUAUCAUGCAUUUUUUUCUGAAUCGUUGUAUUUAACUUUGUGCAUGCGCACCGCUGAGCAGUAUCGGAGAUGAAUGUGUCCUAUGUGAUUGUAGAAGUACUUGAGUAAAGGUUUGCUCCGAGGCUUUCGAUAUAACGCCGCAAAAGUUAACAGAAGUAUGCGCAUUUCUCUCACAUCGUCAGGUCUAUUUAUAUUAGACAUCCCUCGGAGGCUCCAAAUUUCUGCCAACCGAGCUACUAGUACUUUCUUGCAGUUUCUUGCUUGCUUCUAGUAUUUAUAUGUG